UUGAUCAAAAGUUUCUUGACAGACCAGUAGAGUAGAAAACAUAAACAAACACUGCCAGUCUGCGCCUGCACUGCUCGCGUAAUUUUUGGCUAUUUUACAAGUAAAUUUUAAAUAACACUCAGCAUCAACGCAAUGGAGAACAUACUGGAACCAAGCAGCUCGGACGACAACAUGCCGCCGGAUAAUAAGAAAGAUCUGCAAUCAUUACUCUCAUCAGAAGAUGACUUCUUCGAUCCACCGCCAUCGUCCAGUCGACGAGACUCGUCCGGGAAUGAAGAUAAACCGGACCUACGGACGGAAUUCGAGGAUAUCAUCAUGCCAGAAAUGGGACACGAUAAUAGCAUACUGUUGGUAAAGGAACAGAAAGAUCGUGAGCGUGACAAACGCAAGGAAACCAAGAGCAAACGUGAGCUAGAGGAAGAAGAGCUUGAAAAGAUGCAAGUACUGGUUUCCAAUUUUACGGAAGGACAGUUGGAUCGGUAUGAAAUGUAUCGCCGGGCAGCAUUUCCAAAGGCGGCCGUAAAGCGUCUGAUGCAAACCAUCACGGGAUGUUCCGUUUCGCAGAACGUAGUGAUUGCUAUGUCCGGUAUAGCAAAAGUGUUCGUCGGAGAAGUCGUUGAAGAGGCACUGGAUGUGAUGGAAAAGGCUGGCGAAACCGGUGCCAUCCAACCGAAGUAUUUACGCGAAGCGGUUCGUCGGCUGAGAAACAGAGGACACAUCCCUACCGGACGAGGUCACAAGCAAUUUUUUAAGCUUAACUAAUCGUACAAAUGUGCGUACAUUUCUUAGUAUAUAAAUCUAUAAGUAUGUUUUUCAAUCGGUAUUACAAUAUUCCCAACUGAUUGGAUGACAAAAUAUAAUAGCGCGAUGGUCCAUGA